UUUUCUUUGACUUUGAAGCUCAAGGCGUUGUCACCUCACUUCGAAAUAAAUGAAAAAAAUAUAUUAAAAUCAGUUUAGUAUGAAUUUUCGAGGAAAUUCAAAAAAAAUUAUCAGUUGACCAGGUAGAGUAGUUCUUUGAAAGCCUCAAGCUGCAGCAGCCGGCGCCUCCAGACACUUCGUGUUCUUCCGCUGUCGCAGUUUCACAAACACAAACUUCAGUUUCCGCACCACCAGCACCGCCUCCGCCGCCUCCACCGCCGCCAUUGCUGCCAAGAGCCCGAACAACACCAUUCGGCGCUCUGUCAUCGCUACCAUCUACGUCAACAUAUCCACCAAUACGACUACGGACGAACGGCAUGCAGGGACUAUCGGAGGCGACGGCCAUACGUUUAUUCAACAGUGUUGUGACAACGGAGCAAAUAGCUGGUCCGACAACUGUACUCAAUGCCAAUUCCAUAACGUCGAUCAAUGCGGUAGACGAGUGCAAGUCGAUUACAACCAUACAGUCCACGAAUGAGUUCGGCAAUGCUUGUCGCAUUUGUCGUUGCAAUCGGAGUGACAUGCAAUUGUCGCGUUGUCCCUGCCAGUGUCGCGGUAGUGUGGGGUUCGUGCACAUGCCGUGCUUGAAGCGUUGGAUUUUGCAUCGGCGUGACACGCGCUGUGAAAUAUGCAACACGCCGUUCGAUGUGCCAGAAGAAAAGUUGAACGUGCGACGCAUGUUGAACGCGCUAUUCUGUGCGCGUUGCGGCGGCGCCAUCAUGAAGCACCUGCUCUUUAGCGUGUCCCUGCUGCCGCUGGCGCAUGUCGUCCUGCAGCAAGUACUCAUUUGCAUGGACAAUAUUAAUGCGAGCCCCAACGAGCAUUUGACGGUGCAAGAAGUGAUGGUGGCUUCAUGCGCGCUCUUGACAUCAAGUGCACUUUUCUUCCACUUUUUCGAGUUCAUAACAACACGCUUUCUAAUUAUUCGGAACAUUUUGCAUCAGUGGUGGAUGUUUGGCAAUCAAGAGAAUUUCACAAUCAUCGAGGUGGACAGUGAAUAUUUUGAUGUCUUCUAAGUUGCCACCAACGCAAUCGAAUUGUUUGAUGGGCCAAAAAUUUUUAAAUAUCAAAUGUAUUAGAACCAACUUAUAUAGAAAAUUAUAAAGAGUAAUAAA